ACUAGUUAAACCGAGAGACACUCGGAAAGAUGAAAACAAAACAAAACUUUCACUUCCAUGGCGUGUUCUUCUUCAACACUUAUAUCAAAUUCACUUCACAUUAACCAAAUCACAAUCCAGAAUAGGCUAUAUGUAUCUCCCGCAGUUUCACUAACCCAGAAACUUCCAAUAUAUUCCAAAAACCCACUCAAACUUUCCACCACCACUAUACCCUUUGCCUCUGGUUCUGCAGGAGUUGAGUCUCCUUUGAUAAGUGAGGACACUUCAAGUUCAUUGGAUUUGGUGAAAGUGUUUGAUUUGGAAGGAAAUGGGAUUCCAAUUUCUGAUUUGUGGAAAGAUAGGAAAGCUGUUGUCGCAUUUGCUCGUCACUUCGGGUGUGUACUUUGCCGCAAAAGGGCCGAUUAUCUUGCAUCAAAGAAGGAUAUAAUGGAUGCAUCUGGUGUAGCACUUGUAUUGAUUGGACCUGGCAACAUUGAUCAGGCAAAAUCCUUUGCCGAGCAAACCAAAUUUAAAGGAGAAAUCUAUGCAGACCCUGCUCAAUCGUCGUAUGAGGCCUUAAGAUUUGUUUCUGGAGUUUUGACUACAUUUACCCCAAAAGCAGGUCUUAAGAUAAUAGAAUUGUACAUGGAAGGUUAUCGACAAGAUUGGAAGCUUUCAUUUGAAAAGGACACUGUUAGCAGAGGAGGCUGGCAACAAGGAGGAAUUAUUGUUGCAGGUCCUGGUAAAGGGAACAUCUCAUACAUUCACAAGGACAAAGAAGCAGGGGAUGACCCAGAAAUUGAAGAUAUCUUAAAAUCAUGUUGCUCUUGAAGAAAGAAGAGAUUGAGCCUCUCUUUUUGUGCUUCAUGAAGUGUGAUAACAUCUCAUCAUAGAGCCAUUGUACAUCAUAUUUAGCUGUUUCUUAACCUUUACAGUAACUUUGCCUUGAAGCUCAGUUAUUAAGAGGUUACAACCUGUCAUUUGCCAAAUGACAACCUCGUAAUGUGGAAUAUGUUGAAAUAUAUUUUGGUCCUGGAUUUAUCAGAGGGUUUGUAAUUAUUUCUUUGAGUCUAUAAAAUUGACUCUGCUGUAUAGUUCAAGCACAGAUUUAUCAUAUGUUUAUCUUAUUUUCUCUCCUUCAACAGCAUUCUUGUUUAUAAUAAUAUUUUUCAAUUUGCAGUAUAAUUUACUGGAC